AUGGCGCUCACCCACGCCGAGCCCCGCCUGGCGCCGCUCGACGACUUCCAGGCCGAGGGCGCGCUGCUGCGCACGCAGAAGCGCCGCCAGACCUACUCGGGGUAUACGCCCUUCCACCUCGGCCUGCUGAACGACGACCCCGAGCCCGAGCUGGAGGCGGAGCGCGGCAACGCGUCCGGCACCCCCUCGCCGAGGGCGGCGGGCGCGGCGUGCCCCGGGGCGGAGGCGGAGAGCCAGACCUCUGCGCCCGGCAGCCAGGACUCGGAGGCCUCGAGCAGCCCGAGGGAGAGCACGGUGGAGCUGUACCCAGACACCGACAGCGAGUUCGGCGACUACAGCGCUUUCCGCGCCACCUGGCGGAAGACCGAGGAAGGCGGCGCGGCCCAUGCGCCCGACGAGUCCCGUGAGCCGCAGCAGUCGGCCCGCGCGGAGCAGCCGGCUCGCGUGCAGACUCGCAGGUGCCGUGGUCGCAAGGCACGCGUGACCCAAGCCAUGAUGUCCAAGGUGACCCCAGGCAAGGACGACGAGACUAUCACCACGGUGAUGCUGCGCAAUGUGCCAUCUCAUUGCAAGACGGACAUGCUGAUUCACGCGCUGGAUACGACUG